AUGGCCGCCCUUCGGUCCUCUUUUGGUAGACUGCAAAACAGAGUCGCUAUUGUGACAGGGGCGUCGAGAGGAAUCGGUAGAGCCAUUGCAUUGGCCUACGCAAGAGAGAACGCCUCAGUUGUCUGUGCGGAUAUUUGGGAUUCCGCGCCUUCCGGCGGGAAAUCUACACACCAGGAGAUUCAAGAAAAUGGAGGAAAGAGCAUGUUCGUCAAAACAGACGUGGGAGAUUCAGAAAGUAUGAAGAAUUUGGUGGAGACGACGGUGAAAUCGUUUUCGAGGCUUGAUAUCAUGGUCAACAACGCCGGCAUCGCUCGUGAGGCAGGGAAUCCCCAGCCAAUAUACGAGAUGCCAGAAGAGGUAUAUGAUUCCACUAUGCGAGUCAACUCCAAAGGCGUCUGGCUGGGUUGCAAAUAUGCGGGCCAGCAAAUGAUCAAGCAAGACAUACCGGCCGGUAGCACCAGUCGCGGUUGGAUCAUCAACAUGGCUUCGGUGUUGGGGCUGACUGGGAAAAACGGAACAUCGGCCUAUUCGUCGUCCAAAGGGUCUAUCAUCGGUAUGAGCAGAGCUGCGGCAAUGGAUUAUGCGCCUUUCAAAAUUCAUUGCAACUCCAUAUGUCCGGGAUUCACCGACACCGCGAUGAUCGAGCCAUUGACCCAAAAUGACGAAGUUCGGAAAGCUCUUGAUGCGGCGCAUCCACUGAAAGGGGUCGGAAGUCCUGAAGACAUUGCUCGAGCAGCAGUAUUUCUAGCUAGUGAAGAUGCCAGCUGGAUAACCGGUGUCGCAUUGCCCGUGGAUGGUGGUUAUGUAGCUCAGUAA